AUGCCCGCUCGCGCCCCGCCGCGCCGCCCGCGGCCGCCGCUGUCGCUGCUGCUGCUGCUGUUGGCCCUGGGUGGCUGUCGCCUGCGCGCCGAGCCCGGCGACGGUGCGCAGACCUGGGCCCGCUUCGCGCGCCCUCCGGCCCCCGAGGCCGCGGGCCUUCUCCACGACACCUUCCCCGACGGCUUCCACUGGGCCGUGGGCACCGCCGCCUACCAGACGGAGGGAGGCUGGAGGCAGCACGGCAAGGGCGCGUCCAUCUGGGACACAUUCACCCACCACUCCUCGACGCCCGCAGGCGACCCCCUGGUAGCCGGCCUCCCGUCGGGCGCCCCGACGCCGUCCCCGCUCGCCACCGGGGACGUGGCCAGCGAUAGCUACAACAACGUCUUCCGCGACACAGAGGGGCUGCGCGAGCUCGGGGUCACCCACUACCGCUUCUCCAUCUCGUGGGCGCGGGUGCUCCCCAAUGGCAGCGCCGGAGCCCCCAACCGUGAGGGGCUGCGCUACUACCGGCGCCUGCUGGAGCGGCUGCGGGAGCUGGGCGUGCAGCCCGUGGUCACCCUGUACCACUGGGACCUGCCCCAGCGCCUGCAGGACACAUACGGCGGCUGGGCCAACCGCGCCUUGGCCGACCACUUCAGGGACUACGCUGAGCUCUGUUUCCGCCACUUCGGCGGCCAGGUCAAGUACUGGAUCACCAUCGACAACCCCUACGUGGUGGCCUGGCACGGUUACGCCACCGGGCGCCUAGCCCCCGGCGUCCGGGGCAGCGCACAGCUCGGGUACCUGGUGGCGCACAACCUCCUCCUGGCUCAUGCCAAAAUCUGGCAUCUCUACAACACUUCUUUCCGUCCAACUCAGGGGGGCCAGGUGUCCAUUGCCUUAAGUUCCCACUGGAUCAACCCUCGAAGAAUGACGGACCACAGCAUCAAAGAAUGUCAGAAAUCUCUUGACUUUGUCCUAGGCUGGUUUGCCAAACCCAUAUUUAUUGAUGGCGACUAUCCUGAGAGCAUGAAGAAUAAUCUGUCAUCUCUCCUGCCUGUUUUUACUGAAUCUGAGAAAAAGUUCAUAAGGGGAACAGCUGACUUUUUUGCUCUUUCCUUUGGACCAACCUUGAGCUUUCAACUAUUGGACCCUCACAUGAAGUUCCGCCAACUGGAAUCUCCCAGCCUGAGGCAACUGCUGUCCUGGAUUGACCUUGAAUAUAACCACCCUCAAAUAUUUAUUGUGGAAAAUGGCUGGUUUGUUUCAGGGACCACCAAGAGAGAUGAUGCCAAAUAUAUGUAUUACCUCAAAAAAUUCAUAAUGGAAACCUUAAAAGCCAUCAAGGAGGACAAGGUGGACGUCAUCGGGUACACAGCGUGGUCCCUCAUGGACGGCUUCGAGUGGCACAGAGGCUACAGCAUCAGGCGUGGGCUCUUCUACGUCGACUUUCUAAGCCAGGAUAAAAAGCUGUGGCCCAAGUCUUCAGCCUUGUUCUACCAACAGCUGAUAGAGAAAAAUGGCUUCCCUCCUUUACCUGAAAAUCAACCCCUAGAAGGGACAUUUCCCUGUGACUUUGCUUGGGGCAUUGCUGACAACUACAUUCAAGUGGACACCAGUCUGUCUCAGUUCACCGACCCGAACGUUUACCUCUGGGACGUCCACCGCAGUAAGAGGCUUAUUAAGGUGGACAGCCUUGUGACCAAGAAGAGGAAAUCCUAUUGUGUUGACUUUGCCACCAUCCGGCCCCAGAUUUCCCUACUCCAGGACAUGCACGUGACACAUUUUCACUUUUCCCUGGACUGGGCUCUGAUCCUCCCCCUGGGCAACCAGUCCCAGGUAAACCGCACAGUCCUGAACUACUAUCGCUGUGUCGCCAGCGAACUCGUGCGCGCCAACAUCACGCCCGUGGUGGCCCUGUGGCGACCCGCGGCCCCGCACCAAGGACUGCCUGAGCCCCUGGCCAAGCACGGCGCCUGGGAGAACCCACACACCGCCCUGGCGUUUGCCGAGUAUGCCAGGCUGUGUUUUAAAGAUCUCGGCCCCCACGUCAAGUUUUGGAUCACGAUGAACGAGCCGUACACGCGGAACAUGACCUACAGCGCCGGCCACAACCUCCUGAAGGCCCACGCGCUGGCUUGGCGCGUGUAUGAUGAGAAGUUCAGGCGCGCUCAGAAAGGUAAAAUAUCCAUCGCCUUGCAGGCUGACUGGGUGGAGCCCGCCUGCCCUUUCUCCACAAGGGACAAAGAGGUGGCAGAGAGAGUUUUGGAAUUUGACAUUGGCUGGCUGGCUGAGCCCAUUUUUGGCUCUGGGGAUUAUCCACGUGUGAUGAGAGACUGGCUGAACCAAAGAAACAAUUUCCUUCUGCCUUAUUUCACUGAAGAUGAAAAAAAACUAAUCCGGGGUUCCUUUGACUUUUUGGCUUUCAGCCAUUACACCACCAUCCUUGUAGACUGGGAGAAGGAAGAUCCAAUGAAAUACAAUGAUUACCUGGAAGUGCAAGAAAUGACCGAUAUCACCUGGCUCAACUCCCCGGCUCAGGUGGCCGUCGUGCCUUGGGGCUUACGUAAGGUCCUGAACUGGAUGAAACUGAAGUAUGGAGACCUUCCCAUGUACAUAAUCUCCAAUGGCGUUGAUGACGAUCUGCAGGCAGCUCAAGACAAGCUGAGGGAGUAUUACAUACAGAAUUAUGUAAACGAAGCUCUGAAAGCCUACGUAUUGGAUGGGAUCAAUCUUUGUGGAUACUUUGCAUAUUCAUUUAAUGAUCGCACAGCUCCGAAGUAUGGCCUUUAUCAUUACGCUGCCAAUCAGUUUGAGCCCAAACCAUCCAUGAAACAUUACAGGAAAAUUAUUGACAAUAAUGGUUUCCCGCGUCCUGAAACUCUGGGAAGAUUUUGUCCAGAAGAAUUCACCCUGUGCACCGAGUGUAGCUUUUUUCAUACCCGAAAGUCUUUACUAGCUUUCAUAGCUUUUCUAUGUUUUGCUUUUAUUAUUUCUCUUUCUCUUAUUUUUUACUACUCUAAGAAAGGCAGGAGAAGUUACAAAUAAUCCUGAACAUUUUCCUAUUCAUUUAUUUUGAAAUAAUUAUGCACACACAUUAACUGGUUAAUUUGUACUUCUCAGUGUUGUGAAACUGUAGAUUUCAUAUACCUGAUUUCUAGAAAACCUUUUUGUAGCAUAUGACAGAGGUUUUGAAAUGAGCAUAGGUGACUGUAAUAUCUUGAAUAAUGUGAAUAAUGCCUGGAUUUGUUCCUUUUUAGGGGGCAAUCAAAAAACUGACCAGGGCCAUCAUUAUUGCAACAUGUUCUGUAGCAAAAGCGUAAGAAAUUGGAACCAUUCCGUAACAUUUUUACAGGAAUUGAAUGACAAGACUGGUAUGUUUUUGUAUAUUCUUUAAUGCAAUGUUUACUGGAAGUAAUCAUUGCAAGUGUUCGAAUACAAAGUAAGUCUCAAGUAACCAUCUCUCAGCUGCCCAGAUGCGCCUGCUUAAUGGUCUCUCUGCUGAACCAAGUUUCCCUAGACAAAGAUGGCAGAAUAUAGGAGACAUGAUAAAGCGCCCUACGCUGGAUCGUUCCUUUUAAAAGCAGUGUUUCUGUCAAAAGCUACUAAUGUUAAUUUACAUACCUGGGUAUUGAGAGCAGAGCAAAUUACAGAACUUUUUAUUUUUCUGUGACAUUUAAGGCGCUCUCUAAACCGCGGGUCCUUGAGGGUUUUGUGUCACUGGGGCCUUGUUGAGGACCUGCUCAUAGACUUUCACUAAAUGUUUGCAGAAAAAUAAACAUGACUCAUGGGAUGUUGGGCUCUUCAGGAAGUAGAAAGCGACUGUGAAAUGCAUUAUUACCACAGUGGCUCUAGGAGGAAGGAAGGAGUACAAAAUAGGUAUUACAAGCAACAUUAUGAUGAAUUUGAUUAUAAACCCAUUCAUUUCAGAGCAGACCUUGGAAUGAAUGAGAUGACCUUUCCCGAGAGAAUAAGAACGAAAUCAUUACUCAGCCUAUGAAGAGGGACUCCACCUUCAGCUCUUCAGAAUGUGCCAUAAUUUCUUUGUGUUGAGUUUUAAAAAGUAUUGAUAUGAUCAAAAGCAUUUAGUCUGAUAACACUGGAAGAUUUGUUUUUAUGAUUGCGGAGGUCCAGUUUAUAUUUUUGCUGCUACUUCUGUGGAACUAGCUUUGAACUAGUUUCGCCUUGUACUUUUACACUGAAACAUACUACUGAUUUCCAGAAAGGGUUAAGUCUUAUCCUGUAAUGCCCCUUAAAUAAGUCUUGCUGAUUUCUAGACAGGGAAAUCCAUUACACUGGAGUUGCAGAUGAUGCUAAUGUUUGUUUUAUAGAUAAACCAAGAUAAACCAACAUCAUAUCAGGCAUGACUAAUCUUGCUGACACAGGAUUACAGUGUGUGAGAAAUACUGUACUGUAUUAUGUAUCAUCUUCAGAGGUGGUAUGACUUUUCUCCAUGAAAGAUAAGCUUUUGGUAGUACUCUUUUAGAAAUUGGACUUACUAAAAUUGGAAACUAGAGAAUCAUAGUUUAUUUAUGUAUGUAUAUUUUUCUGAUUAUAAGAGUAAUAUAUAUUCAUUGUAAAAAAUUUUAAAAUACAGAAACUCGAUGUAAAAAAAUUUACCUGUUAUUUUGCCACCCUGAGGUAGCCACUAUUGCCAUUGUCUAUGUAUUUCAUUUUACACAGUCAGAUCAUAUUAUAAAAUAGUUUUGUGUCUUUAUUAAUUUUCAU